AUGGCGGAAGUUCUAGGGGUCGUUGUGAGCGCCUUGACAGUCGUCGACAUGACGGUGAAACUCGGUUCUAGUGCAAUCAAGCUCAAGAAGCUCUGGGACCAAGUACAGGACACACCCAGUGAAAUCAGUCAGCUCGUUGCACAGGUUGAACUUCUCAACGCCGUCCUUGCCGAGGCGGACGCCAUGUUCGACCAGGUCUACAGUACCGAUAAUAGUCCAUCCGUCAUCAGUCUUAAUUAUUGCCAGCAUGCAGUAAAUCACCUGGAAACCUUGGUGACGGACUUACAACAGCAACUUACGAUGGCAAACAAGCCGAGAAGAAGCAUAGCGAGACUGAAGUUUACUCUGAAGAAAGACUUGAUCCAGAACUGCCAGGACAAGCUGCAAGUGGCAUUACAAAUGGUGGUCCUAUCCCAAAACACUCGCAUUCUUGCUGCCCUCAGAGCUCCAUCGCCGGAGCCAUCGGCUUUUAAUCAUGGUACCUCGGGAGAUAUGAAAGAUUCGGACAUGUCGCCUUCUUCUGAAGAGUUUGUGAAACAAAGACAAGCAUCUUUUGGAAGAUUCGACGCAUAUUCUAUGCGACGAAGACGGGGAGUGAUGGACGCGCUCCCUUGGCGGCAAGCUUCUCUCUUUGGCACCUUUGCGCACCAGACGAGCCCGCACUCCAUACUCUCUGGUGUUCAGGUCUACCGGGCACGCGUCAGACCACCGAUGUGGAUGUCGGAAAGAAUAUGGGACAUCCAAACGUAUCGAGCGUGUGCGGGAUGGAAGUUCUCUUUAAGAACUUGGACUGUACGCCCCUUUAGUGCUCCUGUAUUUGGCUAUGUCAAAUCGGGGUCUUGGUCUCAAGUCCUACAAGAAUUCGAGGGGAACCGGGCGUCAUUGUUUGACCGUGACUCUGAGGGGUGGUCUUUAGUACAUUAUGCAAUCUUCUUCGGUCAUAUCAGUGUCAUCAAGAAUCUAUUGAGUAUGGGCCUUAGUCUUGACGACAUAUACUCCGAGACCUUGGGCAGUUCUUGGAUCUUAUUCGAUGGUGCUUCAGAAGAGCAAGAGACCAUGUUAGAACUGUUCCACAUGUGGCUCUACAUAUGUGGGCUUGAUGACGAUAUGGAGGCAUUCUUCGUCCACGAAGGCGGUCACUAUCGAAACAAGUUUAACGUCGUCUCGAGCUUUGUUUGGAAAUUACCCGAGGCAAAUCGGAUCAUGGCGACUGGAAGCAACAGUGCAUACUACAAACUGCCUCCCAAAUCACGCUUCGCUUGCUUAGGGUGGCAAUCAGUCGAUCCUCAAGUCUUGCUUAAUGAUAUACAUCAUGGCGAGGGCCUAGAACCUGCGGACUUUAGCGUGGUCUUUGAUGGGCCAAAGGAAAGUUCUCUGGAGAACUUUGUCAACGCGUACGUCAACUCACUUUUUGAUGCUGACAAUGAUGACUUGGAAUAUUGCCAACCUCUGGAAACCCAUGCACCGGCAGACCCUUGGCGGCAUCUUGCGCGAUGGGUUCUUAAGGGCGUGUCGCCAGAGAGGCUAAGUAGAAAAGCACGCCUCGAGAGGUAUCCAAUCUCAACGACCACUCUUUUCGCCCUUUUGCUUCACAUGGAGGAGUGCUUGAUGUUUUCGGGUCAUCAAGGACAGGUUGCGAAGCUGCUCAUGGCACAGUUGCUAUUCACUUGGCUGGAAGACGUGGAACGUGCAGGUCUAGACCUGGUAGAAUAUGGCAGGCAAGAAUGGGAGAUUUUCAUGGGCUGUGACCAGUUGCAACUUCGAAGAUGGUUUGAAUCAGUUGGUUGGGACGACGGCGAAGACGAUUGCGAAGACGUGAUCUCUCCGUCUGGUUUUCGGUUGCAGUCGUUCACAUAUGGACCGCGUCCUACAGAUUGGGCACUGAUUUGGAUUCUAGAUGCUGAGGAGUACGCAGGAGAGUUCUGGGAUAAUAUCGAGAACCCACCUUUACUCGUACCAGGCGGAUGGGUUGAGGAUCGAAUGUAG